UUGUGGCGAGUGUAUACAAAGUUUUGGUUUGUAUUACAAAUAGAAAAGCCGGGGAUAAUCCAGGAUGGUGGUUGUGCCCAUUGGCUUUCAGCAUGCCUGACUACAAGUAUAAUGUGCUGGGGGUGGUGGUGGAGAUCUUCCCGCUGAAGAAGGCGGUGAUCAGCUUUCAGGAGGAUGGCCGGGAACAGCGCGCACUGCUCUGGGGCGAGCGGCUGGUGUGUGAGGAUGGCCGGCUCCUGCCCGAGCGCCGGCCCAUCGACACAGUGCUGGCUGUGGGCGAUAGUGUGCUCAUGGACUGCCACAUCUACGACAACAAGAACAGCCAGGACCGCUGCGACUGGUACGUGGCGCGCGCACAGCUGGCCUCGUCACCCCAGCCCAGCGACGUGGUUUCCAACGUGUCGGGCAAAGUGGACGAGCUGACGCGCACGCGCGGCUUCGUGGUGUUUCGGCAGCCGGGCCGGUCCGAGGAGCAGCGGGCGGUGUUCGUGGUGGCGCGGUAUUUCGCGCGCGGCCAGCGGCUGCCGGCCGGCAGUAGCCUGUUUGACCACCUGGAGGAGGACCAGGUGGUGAACAUGGACGCGGUGCACGGCGCCGGCCGGCUGGAGGCGGCCGGGUGGUACGCGCCGCUGGUGUGGCGCGGCCAGAAGCCGGACGUCCGCCUGGACCCGCAGCCGCCGCCGGAGGUGCUGGCCGAGGAGGAUGGCGGGGCGCUAGCGACCACCACGCUCGCCAGUUCCCUGCUGCCAGCGCUCAGCUCGGCCGACGCCCGCCGACGGUCGGCACCCGGCACGUCGCAGGACAAGUGGGGCUACGUGGCGAGCCUGCUGAGCGCCGAGUACGGCUUGCUCAUGUGCCAGGUGGCGCCGCGCCGCUACGAGAGCGUGCUCUUCCACAACAGCGUAGCGCACCUCUCCAAUCUUAACCUCAAGAACUACGAUUUGCGCGCCAUCUUCAAGAAAGGAGACCACCUGCGAUUUGAAGCGGAGCCGUCUGACAACCCGGGGGUGUACCGGUGGCGGGCGAGCAGUGUCUGGGUGGACAUGUCGCAGGCGAACGGAAGCGAUGCGAUCUGGAGUGACCCUGGCGGCUCUGUGGGAAACUAAGACCCGCUCCGAUCCCUCGGGGUGGCGCAGUGAUCGUGGUGUGAUAGCUUUCGCAUGCGGGCGGUAGACGUUAAGAGGCGGCACGACUGUGAUAAUUGCCAGUGUCAUUCCCGCCGAGCCAGUAUUUCCUCAACGUGCGUGCGCUUCGCAGACAUAUUCAGAGUGUAAUGUGGUCUGGGGACGGACCUGAUAUGUCUUGGUAUCACGGGGUGCUACGCGGUAUGCCGGCACAAUGGGCAAGUGGCAUGCUGGUGUGGGGGUGUGCAUUAGAGCUGGACGUUCGGUUAUUUGUUAUUGCUCCCUGAAUUAUAGAGGAUUAAGGUCGGAUACGUAAGGUUCAGUGACACCGGGUUCGACUCUCUGGAAGAACAAGCCGCUUUACAGUGGGGGAUUUACCGCUUGUGUAUCAUACUUCUUGGGUCCCCUCUUGAAAACAAAUCGUUGCCGCAUUCCAUUGGGCAUGAUAAAAAUGUUUGUCAUACGAAAUUUGUCGUGAGGUUCAACAACAAAUGUCACUUCCACGCAUACAGUAGAAACAAUGCCCUAGCCGGGCUUAGCAUAUUUUUUUACUUUCUUACACAUGUGGCGAAAAAAAAAUAACUGACCCCCUUUGCUGGUCUUGGACAACGAUGCUUCUUUCCGACCUCUUGUUCUCGCAGUCUGAAAACUAUGUUUGCCCCGCCCAACAGUACGUUCCCUGAGUGCGUAUGUAAGCAACGUAUUUUAAACAACGUUGGAUGCAAUGCCUUCAUUAGAUGUGCUUAAAUCGAUCGAGCGUAAACCUGAGCCUGAAUUUUAUGAUUUUGCAAAGAAUACUAACCAAUAGAAGUGGCAUGCAAUAGGAGUUCCAUGGUACGUUCAGAUAUGGUAAAAGAAAAGCAACAGGACAACUACAUUGCUAAUUGGGCGAGUCGGGGCAAGGCGUCGCACAUUGUUCCAUUUUGUUCUGUUUUUUCUUUCUUCUUUGUUCUGUUUUUAACAUUCCAAAGAGCUUUUGGUUGUUCUGUGAAAACUGUAAAAAUCGAAGGUGAACGUGGAACGCAUACCCCUAAGUAUAUGAAUGUCGAAAUCAAGCCAAACUAUCAGCGAUAGUAUGUGUGUACUUGACCGUGAUUGUCUGUGUAUGUGUGCUAGCGGUCACUGAACUGCCCGGGGUAUGUUUGCACUGCUUCGGCCGCCGUUAUAAGGGGUUCACCUCUCUUCGAAUGGUGCGCAAUGCUUUCUUUUUCCUCUGGUCGCUGGCGCACAUAAUUAGCUCGCACAUACAAUCCAGAAUACACAUUUA